AUGGCCCGGCCAUCCGCUUCUCGUCAGCCGGCCGCAGGAUCGGCGACCGGACGACCGCGAGACGUCCGCCCACAGGCACCCUUCCCGUUGCAAACGAGGGACGGCCAGAUCGGCGUGCCCAUCUCGAGACCGUCACCAGCUCCGCAAUGGCCCUUGCCGGAAUCAAUCAUAGCGCCUACCCAGGUCGACGGCGAGCCGUUCCGACCGCCGCAGGGUAACUCACAACCGCCUCAACGACCCCCGCGCCCGAGCAGGGUACCUUCGAUAUUGGACGCUUCCAAGGUGCAGGACCACACACCAGUUUUUCAGUACAGACCCCGAUCCGGGAGGGAAUCUACCGGCCAGGAGUUGCUGGCAGUACCGGAGACCCCGUCUAGCGCGUCGCGGCCCUCGACCCUAUCUUCCGUUGGAUCGAUCCCCGACUUUCCGCUCCCCGCACAAAUACCACCCGGGCCUCCGCGGAGGAGUGUCAAUCUCGGACCGCCACCGUCCGCGAGACGGGGCGCUUCCUCAUUUUACUCUAACGCCUCGUUUGUCUCCCCGAUACCCGAGGAGAGCCCGCGGACUCGGUCUCACACCUCGUUCGCGUCGAGUGCUGCGAUGCCGGAUAAUUGGGGUUCGCCCUCGCCAGGACCGAGCCCCGAUUUCCCGGAUCCGAUUUAUGGGGAAGGGAUUGCUGAGGAGGGAUACGGAGACGACGACGCGGAGGAGAGCCGGCUAGUAAGAAACGCCAGCAUAGGGAAGAGAGCGAAGCCCACGCUGGUGACCGCGGCCCUUCCCCGAGGAGCGGAUACGGCGGGCCGUGAUCAGCGGCCUGGGCCGCAGCCAGUUCAGGGCCCUUUUAAGGAUGGGACAGGUUACCUGGAAAACUCGAGCUCGUCCGGCACGAUCCCGGUAAUGGCAAGGCUGCCCAUCGGCGUGGCCGUGACCCCGGACACCAUGUUGAAUGCUUAUUCCUCUGCGAGUGCUGAUGACCCGUCAACAACGUCUCAGCGAACCACGCCGUCCCCUGACCAACCCUCGGCGGACCGGACCUACAGCCGCUUUUCGGCGAUACGGCGGCCACCACGCCUGGAUAUUGAUGCGGUGCGCAAGGCCGAGGCGAGAGGGAGUCUGACCAGUCUCCCAGACCUCAUCCGGCGCGCAACGAGACUAGCCGCAAGUUUAGAGAAAGGGAAGAGGCCGGCCAGUCGGGCCGGCGAGCUGGACGACUUCCCUGAUUACGCCUACGACGGAGAGAAACACCGGUCCGGCCUCUCCGACAUGCUGGCGGCCUUUCCCCCACCAGCACACUUAGCACAAACCAACACCCGCCGCAGCUUCCGGGACAGCCUCCGAGAACAGGUCCAGUCAUGGCCUCUCCCUCUUAAUUUUAAUCGCACCCUCAAUACGUCACAACAGGCUGUCCCAACGAGCGACGCAGAAUCAUCAACGAGUAAACGGAAACGCAGAUGUUGCGGCCUUCCCUGCUGGGGAUUUAUUUUGCUUGUGAUUGGCCUCCUGCUCGUGAUCGCCGCCGCCGUAGUGAUCCCCGUCGAGUUCUUGGUCAUCCAGAAGCAGAAUGGGGACAGCCAAGCACAAGAAGACCUCCAACGAUGCCAGCAACAACUGGCAUGUGCUAAUGGAGGUACCAACGUGGUCAAUGAGGGGGUCUGCUCGUGCUCCUGCGUAAACGGUUUCAGCGGCUCCGACUGCACCGUCGCCGACCAAGUCGGCUGCGCGACCAUCACCUUGACCGGCUCCGACGACCAAAUCAGCAUCGGCGAAGCCAUCCCCCGGCUCAUCAACCAAGCCCAAACUAACUUCUCCAUCCCGCUCUCCGCCCCAGCCAUUAUCUCGAAGCUCAACACCCAAGAAGACCUCAGUUGCUCCGCCGAAAACGCCCUCGUCACCUUCAACGGCCGCGCCACCCGCGCCGAGGUCAGCGCCCUCUCUGCCCAAACCGCGGACGACAACAACAGCCCGGAUAUUGUCAACGCCAACGCCGCAGCCGUGAUAAUCGACGGCGUGCUCUACACAACCAUCACCAUCGUCCUCGCCCCGCUAACCACCUUCACCCUCUCCGACAACCCGGCCCCCACCGCCGGCACCACCUUCUCAACCGCCCUCGACUCAGACGGCAACUUCGCAACCACCUUCUCCGUCAAACCCCCCACCUCCUCCUCUCAACCCCAAACCUCCCCCACGCGCCGCCCCACCGCCACCAGCAAACUCACCACCACCAUGACCAUGACCUCCGGCACUGGAACCCCCGCCCCCACCACCCCCGCCUUCACCCCCGACGAGGACGCGCUUGACUUUGCGCGCGUCGCGGUGCUGUACAUCUUACAGGAGGACGGGCUGGGCGAGGCCGAGACGGCGCAGGUGGCGCUGCAACGGUUUUUGGGCGGGCGCGGCGGGGUAGAGGCGGCGAGGAAUGUCACGGUGGGAGGGGGGCGGUCGGUGGAUUUGGUGGGGUUUGUGGUGGAUUUGGGAGGGGGGAGAAGGGUUGGUGGUGUUGGUGAUGUUGGGGGGAUGGUGAGGAGGAAGGUGAUGGGUGGGUUGUUGGCAAGGCGGGGAUGGGGUUGGGGGGGUGGUGCUGGUGUGGCUUAA